UUGCACAAGUGGGCUGGGUUCUAGCAUGCCGGGUUCUAGCAUGCAGCCUAUAGAUGUCAUACAUGCUGUGACGUCAUCAUCUGUUUCAUCUGUUUAAUUUAAAGAAACGUCCUCUAGCAUUCCUUUCAUUAUUGGCUCUAUCCAUCCUUCCAUCCUUCCAUCUAUCCGUGUGUCCCUCUCCUCCUCUUCCUCCUCCUCCUCCCCUUGGGGCUGCUGCUGGUGGAAGCGGCUGUGAGGAGCCCACCCCACCACCCCCACCCCCACAGUACUCCAAUGAGAGAGAGAGAGAGAGAGAGAGAGGACGCUCUACCAGGACAUUCAAGCGGUCUCAUCAACCCGGACUGGAGGUUUUUUGACUUUUCAGGAGCACGGUGCGGGACUGUAUCGGUGACGAAGGUAGAGGUGGUUGGGGGGGAGAAAGAUGCCGUUCCACGCUCGUCUUUGACGCCGUCCGCGCGUCUCCCUUCUUCGCUCCGCCCGUGGAUGGCUGCGCAGGUGUUGCAACCAGGGAGGAGGAGGAGGAUGCCGUUCAAUGCUCUCAUCUCCACUACGACGGCGUGGACAUUCUAAAAAAAAAAAAAAGCAACAUGGCACCCAUUCCACGCCAGCCUUUGCACGGUAUUUGAUAUUUUUCAAAGCCAAUGACAUGUUUUGUUUAAUUUCGGUUUCGAGGCUUUCUUGAAAAAUCAAGUGUGCUACGUUAUAUCCACGCUACCAAAUAUUGCGGAUGUUUUUUUUUUAUUUUUUUUUAGAAGAAAUAAAUUAAUAAUGUUAGGGUUUCACUCCCAACGGCUUUUAAGUGCUCGGGAACACGGCGGUUUCAGCCAAUUGCACCAUCACGCCACGCAAGGCGUGGAUGUGAUUUACUGAGAGCCGUGUCUACGCUGUAAUGACAUGUUGUCAUGACACUGGAGGAAUAAAUCCCGUGGAAGCCCGUGGAGCAUCAGAUGCAGGAGGCAUGACCAGCCACGGAGGAGGUUCGUGUUGAAUAAGUCCCCCCUCCCCACACACACAUGAUCGGCUGGUGGGGGCUCGUCCUCAAAGACGAGCCGUGCGCUUGAGAUUCCUUGCAGCGAGAACCCCCCCUAAAAAAGACCACACGUUUGAUUUUCCCCACAUCCACCCCCCCUGGUGAGGACGAACCAUGGGAAGAGGACUCUACAUGGGCCCCGUAUGAGACGUUCGAAUCCGGAUGGGAUGUAAUGUUGUGUGGCUGUGCAGCUGAGAACCGGUGUCCUUCUCCGCUGCUUCGUCAAGAUUGGCUUCUGGUGUCCAGAGAAUGGCGCGGUUCGGUGACGAGGUGCCGGCCAGGUACGGCGGAGGCCCCGGUGGAGGGGGCCCCGGCGGCCGUGGUGGAGGGAGGCAAGGAGGACCCCACGGACAUGGACAUGGACACGGACACGGUCAUGGUCACGGGCACGGACACGGACACGGGCAUGGCCACGGGCUUGCCCACGGACCACCCGGGGGUCCAGGGGCCCAGAGAAUGUACAAGCAGUCCAUGGCGCAGAGGGCCCGGACUAUGGCCUUGUAUAACCCGAUACCAGUGCGCCAGAACUGCUUCACGGUCAACCGCUCCUUGUUCAUUUUCAGCGAAGAUAACUUUGUGAGAAAAUACGCCAAAAAGAUCACCGAAUGGCCUCCAUUUGAGUGGAUGAUUCUCGCCACCAUCAUUGCCAACUGCAUCGUCCUGGCCCUGGAGCAACAUUUGCCCGAUGGCGAUAAGACGCCGCUGUCUGAACGCCUGGAUGACACAGAGCCGUAUUUCAUUGGGAUCUUCUGUUUUGAGUCCGGUAUAAAAAUCCUGGCUCUGGGGUUCGCCUUCCAUAAGAAUUCGUAUCUUCGGAACGGAUGGAACGUCAUGGACUUUGUGGUGGUGCUCACAGGGAUCCUGUCCACCGUGGGCUCCGAUUUUGACCUGCGGACCCUCAGAGCAGUCCGAGUCUUGAGGCCCCUCAAACUGGUGUCUGGUAUUCCCAGCCUCCAGGUGGUGCUGAAAUCCAUCAUGAAGGCGAUGAUUCCUCUGCUCCAAAUUGGCCUCCUGCUUUUCUUUGCCAUCCUCAUGUUCGCCAUCAUCGGCUUGGAGUUCUACAUGGGCAAAUUCCACACCACCUGCUUUGACAAUCACACAGGGGAGAUCCGUGAAGAGUUCCCAUGCGGGACGGAACUUCCGUCGCGGUUGUGUCCGGAGGGUACCACGUGUCGACAGUACUGGCUGGGUCCAAACUACGGAAUCACCCAGUUUGACAACAUCCUUUUUGCUAUCCUCACCGUCUUCCAGUGUAUCACCAUGGAGGGCUGGACUGACCUGCUGUACUAUAGCAACGACGCCUCAGGGAGCACAUGGAACUGGAUGUACUUCAUCCCCCUCAUCAUCAUCGGCUCCUUCUUCAUGCUCAACCUGGUGCUCGGUGUGUUGUCCGGCGAGUUUGCCAAAGAGAGAGAGCGAGUCGAAAACAGAAGCGAGUUCCUGAAGCUCAGACGGCAGCAGCAGAUUGAAAGAGAACUCAACGGAUACCUGGAGUGGAUCUGCAAAGCUGAAGAGGUUCUCUUGGCAGAUGAUGAAAAUGACAACGAUUACGAUGGCUCCCGCAGGAGAGCCACCAAGAACCACAAGAGCAAAGCCGAGCUUCUAAACCCAGAUGAGGGGGAGGGAGACCUGGCAGUCGGGUCACCGUUUGCCCGUGCCAGCUUAAAAAGCUCCAAACUGGAAGGAUCCACUUUCAAGAGGCGGGAAAGGCGGUUACGCUUCUUAAUCCGCCACAUCGUCAAGUCGCAGGCCUUCUACUGGACCGUGCUGUGUCUGGUGGGCCUCAACACGUUGUGUGUGGCCGUGGUCCACUACGACCAGCCGGAACCCCUCUCAGAUUUCCUAUUUUACGCUGAAUUUAUCUUCCUGGGGAUCUUCUUGACGGAGAUGUUUGUCAAGAUGUACGGCCUUGGAAGGCAGGCAUACCUCAACUCCUCUUUCAACUGCUUCGACUGCAUUGUGAUAUGCGGGAGCAUAUUUGAAGUGCUGUGGUCCAUUAUCCAGCCGGGGACUUCAUUCGGCAUCAGUGUUUUACGAGCUCUCAGGUUAUUGAGGAUCUUCAAGGUCACCAAGUACUGGGCAUCUUUACGGAACCUUGUCGUGUCUUUGCUGAACUCCAUGAAGUCCAUCAUCAGCUUGCUCUUCCUCCUCUUCCUCUUCAUCGUCGUGUUUGCCCUGCUGGGCAUGCAGCUCUUUGGCGGGCAGUUUAAUUUUGAAAAUGGCACGCCUCCAACCAACUUCGAUACCUUCCCGGCAGCAAUAAUGACGGUGUUUCAGAUCCUGACAGGCGAGGAUUGGAACAUGGUGAUGUACGACGGCAUCAAAUCUCAGGGCGGAGUCAACAAGGGCAUGGCCUUCUCCGUCUUCUUCAUCGUUCUCACACUUUUUGGCAACUACACUUUGCUGAAUGUCUUCUUGGCUAUCGCUGUGGACAAUUUGGCUAACGCGCAGGAGCUAACCAAGGAUGAGCAAGAGGAAGAGGAAGCUGCCAGUCAGAAAAUCGCCUUGCAGAAAGCCAAGGAGGUGGCAGAAGUCAGCCCCCUGUCAGCUGCCAACCUCUCCAUUGCAGCCAACAAAGUACACAGUGAUUGUCACAACGCUACCGACCCCUUUCUGGACUGUAAGGAACAGCAUAAGAACCACAAUAAAGGUCUCAGCAAAUCCGUAUGGGAGCAACGCACCAAGGAGCUUCGGAAGCAGACCCUGGCAUCCAGUCGAGAGGCCCUCUACAACGAGCUGGACCCAGACGACCGCUGGAAGGCAAGGACUGGGAGGGAAGAGCACAACAAUGUCAACUACUCACGACACGUCCGACCGGAUAUGAAAACUCACCUGGAUCGACCUUUGGUGGUCGACCCCCUCGAGAACCGCAACAACAACACCAACAAGAACACAGACAACAACCCGGAACUCUGCUUCAGCCAGCAGCAUCCCACCGACAACCUCCACAGGCAAAGCUGCCAAGUCGGCCCCGUCAAACCUCCUCUGGAGCGAGGCGAGUCCACCGAGAGCAGGAGGAGCCGCAAAGGAGCGCACCACCACCGCGCCUCUCACGUCAGACUGGACGCCACAGUCAUCCCGGGGCCGGGAUCCGAGGAGAGGCCGACGCGGCGACAUCACCACAACCGCAGUGGGAGUCGAGGGGCGGGGCAGUCCGAACACAGGAAGCCCAGGUCGCAUCGCAAGAACGAGGAAGACCAGGAUGGUCGAGAAGGAGCUGGAAAAGCGGGAAGACACAAGAGCAAAGGUGUGGAUGGAGGUGGGGAGGGAGGAGAGAAGGAGGCAGCCGGUGAUGGCGGCGAGAGGAGGCCGAGGAGAAAUCGCCAUAGCAACCAGACGGAAGGGGAGGGGAAGAAGAUGUGCCAGCAUCGCAGGAAGGAUGGCAGCGUCCCGAACCUCUCCACCACCCGGCCCAUCCAAAAGCGACUAUCCAGGCAAGACGGGCAGGACAGUGAAGACAUGGACAACCUCAUGAAUACCAAACUGGUUUCAGUCUCCACCCCUCCCGGCGAGCAUCCCCCUAAUAAUCCAGUCGCCAACCACACGGCCGUCGCCGGUUUCGACUCUGCAUUCCACCUCACUAACAGCGGCACUCGGGGGAGUUUGGUCACAUUAGACAGCUACGGGAACAUCGGACAUCGCCGUGGCAACAGCAUUAUCAGACAUCCCCACCCUGACUACACGGCUCUGGAUAUGCCCAUUUUCCCCUCCACCAACGCCAUCCUGCAGGUCAAUAAAAAUGCCAACACAGAGCCGUUACCCGCGAAGGAGGACAAGGACGAUGAUGAUGAUGAUGAUAAGGGAGGCGAGGGAGGACCGAGGCCCAUGCCUCCUUUCACCUCCAUGUUCAUCCUGUCCACCACGAACCCGUUCCGGCGGGCUUGUCACUACGUCUGCACGCUGCGCUACUUUGAGAUGUGCAUCCUGCUCGUCAUCGCCAUGAGCAGCAUCGCCCUCGCCGCUGAAGACCCCGUCUCGCCUGAUUCCACUCGUAACAAUGUCCUGCGUUAUUUCGAUUACGUCUUCACAGGAGUGUUUACAUUUGAGAUGCUUAUAAAGAUGGUGGAUCUGGGCUUGGUUUUGCACCAGGGUUCCUAUUUCCGAGACUUGUGGAAUAUCCUGGACUUUAUUGUGGUUAGUGGUGCUCUGGUGGCCUUUGCCUUCACGGGGAGCAGCAAGGGGAAAGACAUCAGCACCAUCAAGUCUCUGAGGGUGCUCCGAGUGCUGAGGCCGCUCAAGACCAUAAAGCGUCUUCCCAAACUCAAGGCUGUUUUUGACUGCGUGGUCAACUCUUUGAAGAAUGUCCUCAAUAUUCUGAUCGUCUACCUUCUCUUCAUGUUCAUCUUCGCUGUGGUGGCUGUGCAGCUCUUUAAGGGCCGUUUCUUUUAUUGCACAGACGAAUCCAAAGAGUUUGAGCGCGACUGCAGAGGCGAGUAUUUAGUGUACGAGCGUGAUAACGAAGUAAAGGCACAGAAGCGGGAGUGGAAGAAGUACGAUUUCCACUACGACAAUGUGGCUUGGGCCCUUCUCACCCUCUUCACUGUGUCCACUGGAGAGGGGUGGCCGCAAGUGCUGAAACAUUCAGUGGAUGCGACCUACGAGAAUCAGGGCCCCAGCCCGGGAUACCGGAUGGAGAUGUCCAUCUUUUACGUCGUGUACUUCGUGGUCUUCCCCUUCUUCUUUGUCAAUAUCUUCGUGGCUCUCAUCAUCAUCACCUUCCAGGAGCAAGGAGACAAAAUGAUGGAGGAUUAUAGUUUAGAAAAGAAUGAGAGAGCUUGUAUCGAUUUCGCCAUCAACGCCAAGCCUCUGACUCGCCACAUGCCCAAGAACAAGCUCAGCUUUCAGUACCGCAUGUGGGAAUUUGUGGUAUCGCCGCCAUUUGAGUACACCAUCAUGGCGAUGAUUGCGCUCAACACUAUUGUGCUCAUGAUGAAGUACGACGGAGCUUCGGCAACCUACGAAGGUGUGUUAGCUAACCUGAACAUCGUGUUUACCUCGCUCUUCUCCAUGGAGUGUGUACUCAAGAUCAUCGCCUUUGGAGCACUGAAUUAUUUUAAAGACGCCUGGAACAUCUUCGACUGUGUGACAGUUCUGGGCAGCAUCACGGACAUUCUGGUUACCGAACUCGGGAAUAACUUCAUCAACCUAAGUUUCCUGAGGCUGUUCAGGGCAGCUCGUCUCAUCAAGCUGCUGAGGCAAGGAGAAACCAUUCGAAUCUUGCUUUGGACCUUUGUUCAGUCCUUCAAGGCUCUGCCUUAUGUAUGCCUCCUCAUUGCCAUGCUCUUCUUCAUCUACGCCAUCAUCGGGAUGCAGCUUUUUGGGAAUAUUGCUAUUGAAGAAGACGGAGAAAGUGCCAUCAACCAGCAUAACAACUUCAGGACCUUCAUUCAAGCUCUCAUGCUGCUCUUCAGGAGCGCAACCGGGGAAGCGUGGCAUGACAUCAUGUUGUCCUGUCUCGGGGGUAAACCUUGCGACGAGCUGUCCGGGAAUACCGAACCGGAGUGUGGCAGCCAGGUGGCUUACCUCUACUUUGUCUCCUUCAUCUUCUUCUGUUCGUUCCUGAUGCUGAAUCUGUUCGUGGCCGUCAUCAUGGACAACUUUGAGUAUCUGACAAGGGAUUCUUCCAUCCUUGGACCUCAUCACCUGGAUGAGUAUGUGAGGAUAUGGGCAGAAUAUGAUCCUGCUGCCUGUGGCAGGCUCAGUUGCAGGCAAAUGUAUGACAUGCUGAGGCACAUGUGUCCUCCACUAGGCCUCGGGAAAAGAUGUCCUGCACGGGUGGCCUACAAGAGACUCCUCCGCAUGGAUCUGCCCGUGGCUGACGACAACACCGUUCACUUUAACUCCACCCUAAUGGCGUUGAUCCGCACCGCCUUGGACAUCAAGAUCGCCAAGAUUUCUGAAGGCGGUAUCGACAAGCACCAGAUGGAUGCAGAGCUGAGGAAAGAGAUGAUGGCGAUCUGGCCCAACCUCUCCCAGAAGCAUCUGGACUUGCUGGUUACGCCCCACAAGUCAGCGACAGACCUGACAGUGGGCAAAAUCUACGCCGCCAUGAUGAUCAUGGAGUACUACAGACAGAGCAAAAUCAAGCGCUCGCAGGCACUCCGGGAUGAGCAGAAUCGAACCCCAUUACUGUUUCAGCGCGUGGAGCCUUCCCCCACCCAGGAUGGGGGUCCGGGCCUCAACAACGCCCUCCCUCCACCCGAGACAACAGAAACAGCAAACAGCCUCCCGGUGGAAGGGGGGCUCCCAGAGAGCCACUCGUGGGUCACGGCUCGUGCUCAGGAGAUGUCCCAAAAGGUGGGAAGCUGGAGCCCUGAAGACGGCCUGGGAAGCAUGACCACAUCGCAGACGGUAGAGAUGAGAGAGAUGGGGCAGGAUGGUUACUCGGAUACUGAGCACUUUCCACCAAUGGAAGGCCACGGCAGGGCCGCUUCCAUGCCCCGCCUGCCAGGCGACAACCAAAAGCGGAGGAAAGGGAAGCAGCGUGGCAGUCACCUCAGUACCAUCAGCGAUAACAGCCCCAUGAAGCGUUCCGCGUCGUCUUUGGGUCACAGCAGGUCAGGCCGCGGCAACCGAGACAAAGGAGGCCCAGAUGUCUACAACAUGGAGGAUGUCAUACCUGAGGAAGGUCGAGCUCCCAGACACGGGCACAGGAGAAAAGAGCGCAGCCACCGUGCCUCCGAGAGGUCGCUGUGUCGCUACAUGGAGGCUGACACAGACAUGAGCACGACCACACAGUCAGGUGACCUGAUAUCCAAGGACAGGGAUCGGGAUCGGGACCGAGACCGCGGCCGCUCCAAAGACCGCAAACACCACCACCAUCACCACCACCAUCACGGUUCCGUGGACAAAGAACGCUACGCCGCAGACCGAGGCGGCGACUACGCACGCAAGCAGUCCCGAGACCGAGAACCCGACCGGGAGAGGGAGCGAGAAAGGGACCGACGCUGGUCACGUUCCCCCAGCGAGGGUCGUGACUGCAUGACGCACAGACAGGGCAGUAGUUCGGUCAGCGGAAGUCCUGUCCCGUCAACCUCCGGGACUAGCACGCCGCGCCGGGGCCGCCGCCAGUUGCCUCAGACGCCCGCGACACCCCGCCCCCAUGUUACAUACUCCCCCGUAGUCCGUAAAGCCGUGCCCUCGCAACCCGCCGGGCCACAGGGGCGGGCCCCGGCCCCAGCACCCCGUCGGUUAUCACCCGACCCUCCCCAAGGCCAGGCUCCACUGGCCCACCACGGCGCGCCCCGCCAGAGUCACCACCCACCGCCACGCUGGGGGGACACAAGCGGAGUGUCCGUGGAUGGAGCGGACGGCUGCUUCUAUAACCAAAACUACGCGCCCCACCAUGACGCCCCCACACAUGAACCGGUCAGCAACCCCCACCCGCAUCCCUUGGCCAGCCAUCCACUGCCGCCCCCUCCCCAACCGCAACCACACAACCUCCACCCUCAGCCACACCCUGUAAACAACCCCCACCCUCACCCUUUGCCACCCCACCCACAGCCAAACCGCACCUCACCUAGGACAGUACACCACGUGCCCCCUUCUAACACCCCUAUGACCGGCCCCGUUCAGGGUCAAGUGCAGCCCCCCGCUCAGCGCCGCCUUCCUAAUGGUUACCGCUCUUCCUCACCGUCAACACAUAUACACGGACCCCAACAUAGUGGGCCUCAUAAAGUCCCACCCCCAGCGGGACAUCCUAGAGGACCCCGCAAGGGCCUGCAUGAACCCUAUGGGGAAAAGGAACAGGAGGACUGGUGCUAGCCUCUGGGGAUGGGGGAUGGGGGGGGGGG